GUGACAAAAGAUUAUGGACCAAAAUAGAUUUAAACCAUUGUAAAUCCAUCACUCCACUUAUGCUUAGUGGCAUUAUUAGGAGACAGCCUGUAACCCUCGAUCUUAGCUGGACAAAUAUAUCUAAAAAGCAGCUGAGUUGGCUUAUCAACAGACUGCCAGGGCUCCGGGACCUGCUGCUCUCAGGGUGCUCAUGGAUAGCAGUGUCGGCACUUUGUAGUUCUAGUUGUCCUUUGCUCCGCACCCUGGACGUGCAGUGGGCGGAGGGACUGAAAGACGCACAAAUGAGAGACCUCCUGUCGCCGCCCACGGACAACCGGCCGGGCUGCAACGGGUGUACUUUAGAGAGUAUGGAAACACUUUCUUCCAGUUCAGGGAAGGAGCAGUUCUGUGGGUCAUGCCACAUUCGCCCGGAUUUCAGCUCAGGUCAGAUCGACAACCGGAGUAAGCUACGGAACGUCGUGGAGCUGCGCUUGGCCGGCCUGGAUAUCACGGAUGCCUCUCUGCGGCUGAUCAUCAGGCACAUGCCUCUGCUCUCCAAGCUCAACCUCAGUUACUGUAACCACGUGACAGACCAGUCUAUUAACCUGCUGACCGCGGUCGGAA